AUGAUUGAUGUCCGCAAGGGCCAGCGCAAGUCGAAGCGGGUGAACCCCAAGUCCACGAUGGCCUCCAUCAUAAACGCCCACCGCGCCGAGGCGCAGAAGGCGAAGGAGGAGCUCGACAAGGACGACGCCUACACCCCGCCGCUGAUUUUUCUCUUCAGGACGGACGACACGAAGAAGCAAGCGGCGCGGCGGCAGGAGCAGAUCGACGCCCAGCUCGACGCGCUCAGCGCCUUCGGUGAAUUCCGAGCGUGUGUGCUCGAUGGCAUCAAGUCCCGCCACUGGACGCGCUACAUCGACUCGCCAACUACGCCAAACAGACCCGCUCCUGACAAGGCUGAGAGCGCCUCCUCGGGAGAUGCGCCGUAUACCACGUACGUGGCCGUGGCAGCCGCAGCACCUGUCGACCCCGCGGUCGUGUCCGCCAAUGGUACCGGUGAUGCGCCGGCUGCCGCUGUGCCUCCGCGUGUGUCGGCAGCCGGCGUAGCGGAGGGCACCACGGGUGCUGCCAAAGAGGCCGACGACAUGGAGGGCGAGGAUGAAGAAGUGUGGGAAGAGGUGGAGGUCGAGGAGGGUGAGGAGGUCGUCGAAGGGGACGACGGCGGUGGCGGCUGCACAAACAGUGCUGCUGAUAACAACGGCGCCGGCGCCUCCCAGUCCUGCGAAGCAGCCACUUACGUGGAUCACGCGGCGGCGCCGUCCAGGCGGGCGAACGAGGCCCGCACGACAACGCCGGUGGAUGAGAUCAUCACAGCGCCAUCGACAGCAAAGAGGAGCGUUAAUACGGUUUGGGCCCACGUGACGAGCCAAACCCACUCUGGAGACAGUGAUGCCAGUGCUGCAGCUCUGGUGGCCGCUGCAGAGGUCUUAUCAAGAAAGCAGGAUAACACGGUCGAAGAGGAAGUAGUGGGUGUGGCGGAUUUGGACGGCGAAGACGUUGCCACCGACGCAGCAUCGCCGGCGGCGCCAAGCCCGACUGACUGCACGGACAACGCAGAUGGUGUCAGCAUCCCUGACGCGCCACGAAGGAGCGGACCUGAGCGCAACAACGGUGGCAGCGUAUUCCUCGCCGCAGCUCAUACACCUCCACUAGCGGAAGCAGAUGCAAAAGCGGCUGCUCUGGCGCGCUCAACGGAUGCAGAGACACUGCUCUCUCUGGAAGAGCUGGAAGAGUUCGACAUUGAUGGUCCUUUAAGUGAAGGCAUUGCUCCAGAAGCACCUGCAGCAUCGGCUGUGUCAGCGUUGACCGAUGCCGCGCCCAAGGCUUUGAGCGCCGCAACAACGAAACACGCAGAGUCCAGGGCAACAGAGCAUGUCGCGGCUGUAAGCGUGUCGGGGGAUGACGACGUCUCUGCCGCUGGGGAAGCAGCGGGAGAAGAGUCAGCUAGUGUCCCUACCAGUGCGCCGCCGGCACUAGACACCGCUGCCAAAUCCCUCACGGAGGUGCUCCAGGAGAAUGCAGCGGCAUGUGUAGCGGCGGGAGCAGCAGACGAUGGGCCGGCGUUGACCGCCUCCGAAGGUGACAGUGCAGACACCGAAGUGGAGGGAAAGGACGCAGAAGAAGAGGCAGUAGCGACCACAGCCGCCGAAGACAACGCGGACGCAGCGACUUUCAGCGUCGCUGCGCCCGCGACCCCCAUGUCACGGCCGAAGCCAUCUAUUUCCAUGCCGGUGUACCCACAAGUUGUAUCACGGCUGUAUUACGGGGCGACGACGGUGUACCUCUCCGACCGCGCCUUCAUUGAGCUGCCUCCCACCGCGAACGUGCUCGUGAUCGACCAUCUAGAUUGGGACGAUGCUCACCUGGCGGCGAUCGAUGCAGCGCUGGAGCAGGUUGACCCAGUCGCCGGGCACGUACUGCUCUACCCAGAUGCCUAUGCACCGCAGAGCGAGCACGUGAUAGGGAACAUACAUGCAUACCGCCGCUCCCUUCUGCCCUUCAUCUUCGUAUUCCGCACCCAGCUCUCCAACGAGGCCGCGAUGGCCCUGCAGCGCCGCCUCGCCAACGCCCUGCAUGUGCGCCCCACGUUGAACAGUGCCGCGCAGCAAUCGUUGAUGGCGGGGCAAAACGAUCGCACGUCUGUGUGUGUGCUCAGCGCCGCGGAGAGCGAGAGAGGCGGCGAGAACCCGAUGCUGGCACCGCAGCCGCGCAAGGCGACUCCAGCAUCACCGAAGCCUUCACCAGCGGAACUAGCGCGCGCGCGCAACGCCACGGCAACAACGGUGGCGGAAGCACCCCGGCGCGCAACCAAUGCGCCGGUCAGCGAGAGCAGCACCGCCGCGACAGCCUCAGCGUCACCCUUACCUCGCACACCCCCAGGGGCAACGGAAGGGAAGCACACGGGUGCCAGUACUCGCGGCGUGGCAGACGAUGCCGUUCAACGUCUGUGGGACGUUCUCAACAGCGUCUCCUUCGAUGCCUCCUCCUCGAAGAAGUCGGUGGCGUCGGCAGCAGCGCCGAGCGCGCAAGUGGAGGUUCAGCGAAGCCACCAUGGCGGCUGCAACGGAAAUAGCGGGGCGGCGGCGGAAUGGCAGCAGCGAAUCUCCGUGCCAGGCGCCUCCGCUGUCCGAGGGAACGCUGAUCAAGCAGAGCCGGUUUACAGGCGCCCUGUAGACACCACAACUAACAUACUGACUAGCACCAGCGACACCGGAGAGACCGGCAAUGGGCACAUUACCGCGAGCACUGUUGUGGACGACGCUGCAUCCUCACAGCCGUCUCGACUUGCAUACGCGUCGAGUCUUCUGAACGCGGAAGUCGCCGCCCCAUUCCUCAACGCGAGCACGAGAGCCGAUGCAGCCGGCGGCGCAAUCGCUGCACACCGAACGCCUCCUGCGACGACGCUGCUGGCCGAGUCGGCCGAAGUACACGGGAGCACCGCCAUGAUCAAGGGCGGCCUCUUCAACUUUGGUGCCAUCACUUUCGGGAGAGAUAAUGGGUACUGCACCGCAGAGGUGCCGCGGCCUCGACGAGCCUUCAGUUCACGAUGGGGCAUGAACGAUGAUGACGACGACGUCGACAGCGAGCAUAACGCGACAGACGCGGCAGACGGUGCAGCAACGAGCUCAGCUCUCGGUAGUGUGAGUGAUUUGGGCCUGUACCCCGUUAGUGAGAGCGUGGCUGCCGCUCGUGCGGAAGCAGCACGCAUCAACAGCCAAUGCGGCGGUGGCAGUCCGUUCACUGAUGAAGAGAUCGCCAAGAUCGAGGAGGAGAUCAUCCUCGCGCAGCUUAGGAAGCAGGAAAGGAAGGAGCGGCGCAGCGAGGCGCGCAGGGCGAUGCGGGCGAAGGUCAAGGAAGCCAAGUCACAGUUUUCCUGCAAGACGGCAUCAUUGCCAUCGCCAUCGUCGUCGCCUGUGUCGUCCGCGCCCUCCAGUCCCAAGGGCUCGCGCUUAUGGAAACAGCGGUUGCAGGGCAGUCGAAGCGUGUCCGCCUCGUCGAAAGCGACCCCCACAGCGCGAGAGCAGGAGCUUGCCGAGGACGGUCUUCUGGAGGACUUCAGUAGCUUGCUUGUCAACCGCAACCGCGGCAGAGGGCUCAAGGCCGACAAGGUGAGGGUGUCCGUUGCGUCUGCGCCGUCUCGAAGAGUCGCGCGCUCUGCCCGCCGCACGCUAGCAACGGCGACAUCCUCGACCCGAAGAGGGGUCAGGCAGUAA